CCGCGGAGUAUUCUAGCUUAGCGACGACUUGGUUCAGGCAAACUACCAGUUCUUGUGCUGCUCAGCAUAUCGUUCAGAAAGGACUUACGUGGGUGAAUGUAGGAACCUGCUAUCGUAAGCUAGUUCAACUCAUUGCUGGGAGCACUGUUCCGUGACCGGCGAUUAAAACGGCAAACCACAUAAUCUGAAUGCAAUACACAUGGGCGUGCAAAGCUGGAGCGGUGUCGUGACAGAAGGAAUUGAGACAAUCUUGGGGUCUUACCAAUCCUUGUGCUCUUUUACUUGCUCUGGAGCUAUAAUAUACCAUUACGAGGAGACGCACAGUUGGUUAUACUAGCUGGCAGUGAUACAACAGCUACCAUCCUCACGGCCGCGAUGUACCAACUGGUACAGCAUCCAGAGCAGGUGCAGCGACUUCGUGAUGAAGUUUCCCUGUACGUAACAGAUCCGUCGCAUGAGUUCUUACAUGAAAAUAUAGCCAACUUACCACAUCUCAACGCAAUCAUCAACGAGACUUUGCGGCUCCACCCGCCAGCCGCGGCUUCGUUGCAAAGGAAGACUCCACCAGAAGGAAUCACCAUCGAGGGGGUCUACAUCCCGGGUAACAUGACGGUUAUGUGCCCGCAGUAUGUGCUAGGCCGUGAUGAAGAGGUCUAUGAGCGUCCUAAGGAGUUCUUUCCCGAGCGCUGGUAUCUACACCCAGAGAUGGUGAAGCAGAGAGCCGCUUUUGCCCCGUUUUCGCUAGGCCCGUAUGGGUGCAUUGGCAAACCCCUGGCUUUGCUGACUCUCCGCAACACUUUGGUACGGCUGGUCACGAUGUUCGAUUUCGAGUUCGCACCGGGAGAGGAUGGGACGGCCUUUGAGGGCAAGGCGAAAGAUCGGUUUACAAUGGGUUAUGGAGAUUUGCAGAGACUCUUCCGGAAGAGAAGCGACAUAGGAUCCUAA